AUGGCGGUCCUCGCAUGGGCCUUUGCCUGGUUCACAACGAGCGUUCUCAUCUUCUUGGCCGGCCGCCUCGUGCCACAACUGCGUCCCAAGUCGAAGCCCGCCAUCCAGCUGCACACCGUGCCGACGCGCCCACGCAGUCCACCGCGCAGCCUGUCCCAGACGCCCGCAACAUCCCUAGACCCCAAGCCCCUCCCAGUCGACCCGGACGAUGCCCAGUCGUGCAAAUCCGUCGCGAGCGAGGCGCAAGGCUCGAGCGUGUCUGAAGUUUCUGCCUCCAAGCGAUCGUCUCCCAAGCCGCGGUGGUCUUUCGGCAAAUCACGCCGCACGGAGGCCAGUCCGAACCUGGCCUUGCUCUCGGAUGCCUCUGGGAGUGCCUAUCCCUACGUCGGCGCCUGCGUCGCGAAUAUACGUCUGCCGAAGGUGUUGAAGAACUUCCGCCGCAAGUCGUCCGCCAAAGCACGCUCCUCUCCAAAUGCCUCCCCCGCCCCGACAUUUUCGUCUCUUUCUGCUCUCGAAAAACCGACCGCCGAGGAGGAGGUCGACGAGUCUCUGAGAAGCCGCACCAUAUCCCUCGAUCAGCCUAGGCAGGUGCAACUGGCCGCUCUCCGGUCACAGUCGGAACAGCCUGUCACCACUUCAUCUGGCGAGACGUUUACGAGCACGUUCGUCAACCCAUUCCGACUCAAACCCCGACGACCCAAGACGCCUGCUUCUGCAGAGUCUCCUGCCAUUACCGCGUCCGAGCCCGGCCCAUUGGCGUUUCGUUCUCCAACCAUGCCCACUCCUCGGCGCGCAUCCGGGCCACGACGUGUUCUCAACUCGCUCUCCCUCGCUCUCACGCCGUCCAACAUCGAGCUUGUCCUCGACAUCGACAUUCUCCGUGCCCUCCACUUCGACCUCUGUUUCGGCAUCUUCGCUCUCUCCGGGGUCCCCUCGCGCAGCUCAACGGACACAGCCAUACGGGUACCCCUAUUUUGCCCCAAUGCCGGUGGUCACUUCUGCCGAGACUCGCUCCCGGAGCAGGAGUCGCUCACGUAG